CAACAAGAAAACACACAAGGGAUUUGUUCAAAGCUGCAGAAGAACUUUCAGAUCUCCAGUGAUGGCUCCGAAGCUCCGAAAGAAAAAGAAAGCACAGCCAGCCAGGUCCAAGCGUACAGCUUCAAGGGCCACUCCCAAGGACACUAUGGAAUCCAUGCCAGAUAAUGCAUCGCUGCUGCCAGUGCAACAGGAAUAUGAGAGCAUCUGCCGAAACCUGGAGGAUUUGAGAGGGAGGAGGGCACAGCUGAGGGCACAAUAUGAUUUCCUCCAGCAAGAGGCACAAGAUCUCCAGAAUGAGAGCCGGGAGUUUGCCGGCUACCUAGCCAAGCGUGCCCGAAGGCGCCAGGGUGUUGUAGUUUCUCUAAGCGAAGAGAACCAGGAGUUGCUGCGCCAAAUCCAGAAGCAGCACCAAGAAGUGAUUGCCCGUUCCCAGGAGCAAGAGGCAGCUUUGCGGAAACAGCUGCUCCAGAAGGAAGCUGAGCUGGCCCGCCUCAGCUCUGAAUUGGAGGGUCUACACCAGGUCCAAGCCCUGAAACAAAAGCAGACAUCUCACAUUCGGGAGCUGGAGAAGGAGUUGGUGGCUGCGCAGAAGCAGCAUAGGCAGCACCUGGAGGCAGCCAAGAUACGAGCCUUGAAAGAGAAGAUGGCCCAGGAACAGGUGGCAGGGCAGGAAGUGGAGGGCUUGGCUCAGCAGGUGCAAGAGUUGGCCGUGAGGUGCCUGCAGGAGCACAGCCAGACAGUCUGCCAGCAGAAUAAGGAGCUGAAGAAGGAGCUGCACCAGCUGGUCCAGCGAGUACAGAAGCUGCAGGAGCAUAAGCACCGAUUGCAGAAACAAAUGGAGCAGCUGUGGCGGGAGCAUGGCUGUAUGCAGGACUUGGCCCAUCUGCGUGGCUGGUUGAGUGGUAGAGCUUCUGGCCUUGCAUUGCAGGAGGAGUGAAAUGGCUUAGGACCUGAUUAUUUACAGGACCGCAUUCUACCACCGAUUGCCUCCCACCGACCAAUACGCUCCCACAGAGAGGGCCUCCUCAGGGUGCCGUCGGCCAAACAAUGUAGGUUGGCAACCCCCAGGGGGAGAGCCUUCUCUGUGGGGGCCCCGGCCCUAUGGAACGAACUGCCGCCGGACAUACGAAGGAUCCCCGACCUCCGCGCCUUCCGUCGUGCUCUGAAGACCCUAUUAUUCCAGCAAGCUGGUCUGACUGGAUAAAGGAUUUUAAAUUGGGUUUUGAUAGGGGUUUUAAAAUGAUUUUAGUUGGGUGUUUUAAAUUUGCCCAAUGAUUGAAUUAUUUUAAGUUUUUAAAUUUUUGUUGUAUAUUGUUUUUAUCAUGGCUGUUCACUGCCCUGAGUCCUUCGGGAGAAGGGCGGUAUAUAAAUAUAAUAAACUAAACUAAACUAAACUAAAUGCAAUGGCCAGAGAAACUGCAUUCAGCCAAGACAGUCAACUAGGACACUUAAACACUUAACAGAGGGACUGGCAUUGAUUAGUUGGUGUGGUUUGGAUUAUUUUUGGAAGGAGGAAUUAGGUUUAUAAACCCUUGCAGUAAUCCAAUUAGAAAGUGACCGAAACGUGAACUGUUGAAAAGACUGUAUAACUCAAUGGGCAAAGAACUUUGGUUGCAAUAUAAUGCUUGAUCAGUAGGAAAAAAUGUGGACAAAUGAAGUUUAUAUUCAACUGCAAUCUGAAAGAAAACUGUUUUAAAAUGAUGCCUCAUUGGUACUUAAUGCCUGAGAAAUGGUCAAAGAUGUGUAUAAAGAAAUUUCAAAUGUAUGUUGGAAAUGUAUUUGUAAAAAGGGUACUUUUUACCAUCUCUGGUAGACCUAUGACGAAACAAAGAAAUAUUGAGACCAGAUCUUUGUUUUAAUUCAGAAGGUUCUUAAAACAAAUAUAAAACUGAAACCAGAAGUCUUUUGGUUUGCUGGAUAAAGAACUUGGAAAAUGGAACUUUGUUACUAUAUAUGUUGACAGCAACAAAACUUUUAUUUGCACAAAGAUGGAAAGAUCUAUCAAUUCCCACAAUCAAAGGACAAAUGAUAAAUAAGUGAUGGAGUUGAGGAGAUGACAAAAUUGACAAUAGAAUAGAAUAGAAUAGAAGUUGGAAGGGACCUUAGAGGUCUUCUAGUCCAACCCCCUGCUCAGGCAGGAAACCCUACACCACUUCAGACAAAUGGUUGUCCAAUCUCUUCUUAAAAGCUUCCAGUGUUGGAGCAUUCACAACUUCUAGAGGCAAGUUGUACCACUGGUUAAUUGUUCUAACUGUCAGGAAAUUUCUCUUAGUUCUAGGUUGCUUCUCUCCUUAAUUAGUUUCCAUCCAUUGUUUCUUGUCCUGUCCUCAGGGGCUUUGGAGAAUAGCUUGACUCCCUCUUCUUUGUGGCAGCGCCUGAGAUAUUGGAACACUGCUAUCAUGUCACCCCAGUCCUUGUUUUCAUUAAACUAGACAUACCAAAUUCCAGCAACCAUUCUUUAUGUUUUAGCCUCCGGCCCCCUAAUCAUCUUUGUUGUUCUUCUCUGCACUCUUUCUAGAGCCUCAACAUCUUUUUUACAUUGUGGUGACCAAAAUUGGAGGCAACUAAUUGACUACUUUAAUUAAAAAGAAUUUAUCUAGUUUUGUUUCCAUUUGGAAACUACUUCUCGACUUUACUCUCAAAACAGAAAAAAAUGAAAAUUUGAUUUUAAGUUUUGACUUUGUUGUUAUAGAAAUGUUUUGAAUUAAUAGGAAUGUAAAGCAAAAAGUUGAGGUUAUAACUUUUUUUAUAAUAAACACUGAUAAAAAAACCAAAGAAAGUGAUUGGCAUGUGGAUCACCACCCCCAUUCAUAACUGCUAAGUGAAACCAGCCCUCAUUCCCUCACUUAGAAUUCUUGAACCCGAACAAAGAUAGACUACCAAGCAUCCAAGUAGGAUGAGCAUCUUCUACCAGGAUAGCAUUGAAAAUAUCCCCAAAUUUAUCCCUUCUAUACAAUUGGAGGCAGUGGUGAAAUCCAAAAAUUUUUACUAUUUGUUCUGUGGGUGUGGCUUGGUGGGCGUGAUGUAGUGUGGCUUGGUGGACAUGGCAGCGAAAAGAUACCCCACUUCAGGGGAAGGAUGCUGCAAAAUCCCAAUUCCCUCCCCACUCCUGGGGGAAGUAUAUUGCAAAAUCUCCAUUCCCACCCCACUCUGGGGCCAGCCAGAGGUGGUAUUUGCCGGUUCUCCGAACUACUCAAAAUUUCCACUACCAGUUCUCCAGAACCUGUCAGAACCUGCUGGAUUUCAUCCCUGGUUGGAGGAUCAUUGCUUUUCAUCUCUCAUGUCAAAUAGUAUACAUGCAUGUAUCUCAAUUUCAGAAACCUGCCCUCCAAAACAGUAUCUCUGCUGCUAUUAAGUCAAUAAAAGACUAGAAAAUGCAUUGACACAGCAUACGGCGUGUGGUAUCAACCUGUAGCAUAUUUGGCCAAUUGGCGAGAGCUUGUAUUAUACAAACCUUUAAAAAAUGGAUUCAUUCAGAAAUCAAGCUAAGCAUAUGUGAAUAUGAGUGGGGAUCAACUUCUUCCUUCCUAUCAUCAUACGAGUCGUUUUUUUAAAUGGAAUUCUUCUGAGUAUUGACACUGAUUCGUGUAGCCUGCAUAUACUAAUAGAUUUAAUAGCUCUUUGCUUUUUAGAUAAUUUAGCAUUUAACUUGUUCAUUUAUUUUAUGUUGUCUGAUUAUUUUUUCCCCCCGAGGCUAAUAAAAUGUUAAUAUGAACCAA